AUGAACUUUGGCAACGAGUCCUUGGCCAUCAUCCCGAACGUGUGUUUUUUCACCUGCUGGAAAAGCGGCAUGAUUUCGGCCAGUGCUUCCAGAAUGGGAGCUAUCGAGCGAUCGGUCGGUGAUGGUGCUGGCGGGUCUACCAGCUUCAGGUUCUGUAAGUCCAAGGUCAGUUUCGAAGGGUCUUUCUUCCCUGUAGAAGGAUCUGGAGUCAGUUUCGUAGGAACGCUCAGUUCCGAUACAGUUGUCUUUGCUGGCCGUGGGGUGUACGCCUCUGUCUGUGUCAUGAUGCAGCUGAUCUCGUGCUUCAGUCGGGAGUUGAGAUUCAGCUCGAAAGGCGCUCCCUCUGCCAGAUACGAUGUGUAG